CUCCCGGCCGCCUUGCCCGGCUGCCAUCCCGCGUGGGAGCCAUGGAGGGAGUGAGCGCGCUGCUGGCCGGCUGCCCCACAGCCGGCCUGGCCGGCGGCCUAGGGGUCACGGCGUGCGCCGCGGCCGGCGUGCUGCUCUACCGGAUCGCGCGGAGGAUGAAACCGACCCACACCAUUGUCAACUGCUGGUUCUGCAACCAGGACACCGUGGUGCCCUAUGGGAACCGCAACUGCUGGGACUGCCCCCACUGCGAGCAGUACAACGGCUUCCAGGAGAAUGGCGACUACAACAAGCCUAUCCCUGCCCAGUACCUGGAGCACCUGAACCACGUGGUGAGCAGCACACCCAGCCCCUGUGACCCCACGAAGCCCCAGCAGUGGGUGAGCAGCCAGGUCCUCCUUUGCAAGAGGUGCAGCCACCACCAGACCACUAAGAUCAAGCAGCUGGCUGCCUUCGCCCCACGAGAGGAGAGCAGGUAUGAUGAGGAGAUCGAGGUGUACCGGCACCACCUGGAGCAGAUGUACAAGCUGUGCCGGCCCUGCCAGGCAGCUGUGGAGUACUACAUCAAGCACCAGAACCGCCAGCUGCGUGCCCUGCUGCUCAGCCACCAGUUCAGGCGCCGGGAGGCCGACCAGUCCUGCAUGCAGAGCUUCUGCUCCUCGGCGGUGAAGGCCCCGGUGCAAGUCAUCGUGCUCCGUGCCCUCGCAUUCCUGGCCUGUGCCUUCCUGCUGACCACCGCCCUCUACAGUGCAGGCGACCCCUUCGCCCCAGGGGCCGCCCUGCCCCCUGCCCUGCCACCUGGGGGCAAUGGCUCAACCAUGCCUGACAAUGGCACCGCCCCCGGGGGUGACGGCUGGCGGCAGCUGCUGGGCCUGCUGCCGGAGCCCACGGUGGAGAAGCUGCGGGAAGCCUGGGCCUUUGGGCAGAGCCACCAGAUGAGCGUUGUGGUGCUCGGCCUGCUCACCUGCCUGCUGGCCAUGCUUCUGGCAGGGCGCCUCAGGCUCCGAAGGAUCGAUGCCUUUGCCUCCUGCCUGUGGGCUCUGCUGCUGGGGCUGCACCUAGCUGAGCAGUACCUUCAGGCUGCCUCGCCCAGCUGGCUGGACACACUCAAGUUCAGCAUCACGUCCCUGUGCUGCCUGGUGGGCUUCACGGCAGCCGUGGCCACGAGGAAGGCAACAGGCCCACGGAGGGUCCGGCCCCGAAGGUACUUCCCAGGAGACCCUGCCGGCCUCUUCCCCACCAUUCCCAGCCCGGCCAUACCCUGCCCAGGAGUUGGAGGUGCCUCGCCUGGUCUGCUCAUCCCCACCCCGCCUGGCUUCCUGCCCCUCGCCAACCAGCAGCUGUUUCGGUCACCCCGACGGGCCUCUCCCUCCUCCUUGCCAGGCCGCCUCCACCGGGCCCUCUCACUGGGAACCAUGCCCUCUCUGACCCGAGCAGACUCAGGUUAUCUGUUCAGUGGGAGCCGCCCACCCUCCCAGGUGUCUCCAUCAGAAGUUCUUGUGCCAGACUACUUCUCUCUACUGUCUGGAAGCUGCCCCUCCUCCCCGCUCCCCUCCCCAGCGCCCUCUGUGGCCGGCUCCAUGGCCUCUAGCUCUGGCUCCCUGCGCCACCGCAGACCCCUCAUCAGCCCCGCCCGGCUCAACCUGAAGGGCCAGAAAUUGCUGCUGUUCCCGUCAUCCCCUGGGGAGACUCCGAACAUGCCCAGCAGCUCAGAUGAGCCCUCCCCCCAUGAUGGCAGCCUCUUCACCAUUGAGUCGCCCCAGGUCCCCCGAAGGCCACUCCCACGGGACACCAAGCACACCAUGGACAUGGGAGCAAUGCCAGAAAGAGGCCGUGCCUGUAGCAGCCGCUCCAUCAAAAAGGAAGAUGACUCGUCCCAGUCGUCCACCUGUGUGGUGGACACCACCACCAGAGCUGGCUCCGAGGAGACUGCUACCUGGAAAGGUCGUUUCAGCCCCUCCCUGGUCCGUGGCCUUCUGACUGUGAGCUUGGCUGCCAAUGCCCUCUUCACCUCAGCCUACCUGUACCAGAGCCUGCGUUGACC